AAAUCGUGUUCGGGUUGGAUGUUCAAAAGAUAUCGGGUGGGGCGAAAUUACCUUCACGGAAUCAGGAUUCAUUUGUUGGUUCACAACUAACAAGGCUUUCAUUACUGUGACAGAACGUCGGAGGUCACAAUCCCCACCGUCGGUUCAUCUCUCUCAAUACACUUUCUCUCUCUACACAAUACAGACGUUAAAAUUUCAUAUGGUUGGUCUGUGAAAUUUCUGACUCCUUCCGGUUCUCCCGCUGGUUUUAACGACCGAAUUUGCAGCAUAGCCCAUCGUCCUAUCGAUGGGGAGGGUUAAGCUAAAGAUAAAAAGAUUAGAGAGCACUAGCAACCGGCAAGUGACCUAUUCGAAACGGAGGAAUGGGAUCUUGAAGAAAGCUAGGGAAUUAUCAAUAUUAUGUGACAUUGACAUUAUCCUUCUCAUGUUUUCUCCAACUGGGAAGCCUACAAUAUUCCGCGGGGAGCGCAGCAACAUUGAAGACAUUAUUGCAAAAUUUGCUCAACUAACUCCCCAAGAAAGAGCAAAAAGGAAGUUGGAGAGCCUUGAAGCACUGAAGAAAACUUUUAAGAAGUUGGACCAUGAUGUAAAUAUACAAGACUUUUUGGGCACAAGCACUCAAUCAGUUGAGGAAUUAACCAACCACAUGAGGGUUUUGCAAGCUCAACUUACAGAAGUACAUAAGAGACUGAGCUGUUGGAGCAACCCGAAUAAGAUUGACAACAUGGAACAUCUUAGGCAGAUGGAAGACUCACUAAGGGAAUCACUUAACCGAAUUCGUAUGCAUAAGGAUAAUUUCAGAAAGCACCAACUUAUGUCACUUGAACAGUUCCAGAAUGGAAUGCAUUUACCUUUGAUGAUGGGUGGUGCACAAGAAGCACAACCGCUAUCAUGGCUUCCCAAUAAUGAGAAUCAACAUAUGAUAUUACCUGGAGAGCCAAACUUUCUGCUUCAAAGAGAUGUGGAAUGCUCAACAGAUGCCGCCCUUCCAACCUUUUCUGGUUACUUUGGCUCUGGCAAAACAGAGAUUGAGAACACAGUACAAAUUGAUAAUACAGGACAAGAAGGUGGUGCCUUGAAUGAGUUAGGUAGUACUGGAUGUGUGAGACAAGAACUCAGUGAGCCAUAUCAGUAUAAUCCAUAUAGCACUCUAAAUCUGCCUGAAGCAAAGAAAUUGAAACCUGCGAUAGAGAUGAACUUGCCGGGAAAUUCCUUGGAUUAUCAAAUUAAGAGUAAUUUUGAACUGUCUAAACCUAUUUAUGACAAUGUGCAUCAUACCUGGCUUCCUGCACCUGGGACUUGUGCCAUUUCCAUGUUUAAUGAGAACUCGUACCCACAGCAGCCACAUUAGCUUUCGGAAAUCAUGUUUCUGUUCAUCAAAUUACUGAGAAUAGUAACUCAGGGACUCAUUUGGUUGGCAUCUUGUCUACAGUUUGACUUGAACGUGGGGACUUUUCAUGCCCAAUUUCUCUUGUAAUUACUGAAUGAAGUUGGUGAUGUUCCUUAGAGAUUGAGUGAAGCUCAUUUUGGCCACCAGAUGUAUUAGCUGUAUGAUAUAUAGUAUAUAAUCAUAUAACAUCACAGGUUUGUCCAUGUAAUUAAUUAGUUUCUCUUAGUUUUAUUGACAAAGUUACUUGUAAUACGCAGGGUCUCCUAUUUGCAGUUUAAGUAUCCCAGCUGUAUAUAAAACUCUAAUAGAAAAGGAAUUAAUUUCACUUGUAUUAA